AUGUGGACAUCAACCGGGCUGUUUUCAGCCUUCCUACUGUUGCUACCGAGUGUAGUAACUGCACAGAACGUCUUGUCUCAGUUUGAAGCGUCCAAGAAGAGUUCAAACCCAUGCCCGGUAGCCUGCUCUGCGGAUAUCGGGCCAGCCGGUUGGACUCAUUAUCAUGAUACUGAGAGGCUGUCCGUGUGUCGCGAGCCACUCCUCCUUGACUACAACCUCUAUACCGGUUUUGGUCAGAACAAAUCGGCCCUCACCAUUCGUGCCUGCACUCUUGGAGAUGCAGACACCAAAGUCAACUAUCUUCUUGAGACUGAAAAUCUCGGUACUGAGGUCAAGAACAAGAAUGAGGCUGUAGCCCGUUCUCUUAAGCGCCGAAGCGAUGACAAGAGCACUUGCGGUACCUCUACUUCUUCUGCUGCCACAGCCAAACUAUCUUGGUGGGAUGGAUCUGAGUCCGUUACCAGCGACCAAAAGACCGAUGUCGCGCUUGCUAUUGAGAAUCUUAAGCAUAAUCUUCCGCAAGAUGAGAAUAAGUGUAGCGAGAGAAUCAUCUUUUCCUACGUCCGUGGAGCACUUGUUGGCAUGUAUGCCGGUGUCCAGUUGGACGACCAAAAGACGGCUGCGUCUCUUCUUCAGAAAUUUAUUGACGAAUGGAAGGGUGAGAGCGGGUCAGCAAGUCGCAAGACACUUGAGGUAUGCGACAAGGAUCGAACCUCGCCCAAUAUCUUUGGUGUUGUGGCGGAUACCGCUGGUGACUUCGCCACUGUCCAGUCGAUUGUGAGAUCGUGGACUGACGGAAACUGUGCACCUGACGUUGACGGUGGCAAGACCAAGGAGAUCAAAGAUUCUGAGAUCUCAUCUUUAAGUGCUCCGUCCACAAUCAAGCAUCGUGCCCUCCGACAUCUCAGCCCAAGAGAUGAGUGUCGUACUAUCACGGUUGCCGGCGGCGACUUGUGCGGCACGCUCGCUUCACGUUGUGGGAUCAGCCUCUCUGACUUCCUCUCCUACAACCCCGGCGACAGAUUUUGCAAUACUCUUGCACCCGGUCAGCGCGUUUGCUGCUCAGCUGGAACCCUCCCACCGAAGCCGGUACCACAACCGGACGGCACCUGCGCUACUCAUGAUGUUUCAGCUGGUCAAUACUGCUCGUUGAUUGCAGCCACGUAUGGCAUAACGGUAGAUGACUUGUACAACUUUAACAAGAAGACUUGGGCGUGGAACGGCUGUGCCCUCAAUGUUGCACAGCGAAUUUGCGUAAGCGAGGGCAACCCCCCGAUGCCACCGGCGGUUGAAGGAACAAUCUGUGGCCCUACGGUCCCUGGGACCAGCAAGCCCAGUAAUGGCCAGAGCCUAGCUGAUCUUAACCAAUGUCCUCUGAAUGCUUGCUGCAAUGCCUGGGGAUAUUGCGGCACAACAGCCUUGUACUGCACCCUCCCUAACACGGAGACAGGAAACCCUGGCACCACGAACCCUGAUGGAACCGGCUGCAUCUCCAACUGCGGUAUGAAGCUUGUGGGCAAUGACAAGCCCCCAGCUCAGUACCGCAAGAUAGGCUACUUCCAGGGCUACAACAAAGAACGCCCAUGCGGCACAAUGGACGUUGAGGACUUUGACGAGUCAUACACGCACAUCCACUUUGGCUUUGCCACGAUUUCAUCUGACCUCCAGGUCGUCAUCCCAGACAACUCCGCAGAGCAGUGGGCCAAGUUCAAGGACAGCACCAAGAUCAAGGCCAAGAAGAUCCUGGCAUUUGGUGGCUAUAAGUUCUCGAACGAUCCUGCCACGUCGGGGCUCUUCCGGCUGGCAACCCUGCCGGCGAACCGGAACACCUUCGCGGACCGUGUUGUCGCAUUUGCCAAUGAGCAUAAUCUCGACGGCCUCGACUUUGACUGGGAGUACCCUGGAGCUUCAGACAUCCCCGGUGCUGAGCCAGGUCAAGCGGCCGAUGGGCUGAACUAUUACAAGUUUCUAGCCACUGUUCGCGGCAAGCUUGCUGCUGAGAAGUCGCUCUCUAUUGCAGCACCAGCUUCUUACUACUAUUUGAAGGAAUUUAGAGUUUCUAUGAUGGCUAGUUCUUUGGACUAUAUGGUAUACAUGGCCUAUGAUCUUCAUGGUCAAUGGGAUGUUGGCAACCCAGAUGCCAUGGAUGGCUGCCCAGCCGGAAACUGUCUCCGAUCCCACGUCAACUCCACUGAGACAUACAACGCCCUGGUGAUGGUCACCAAGGCCGGCAUGCCAUCUGACAAGGUCGUUGUUGGUGUCUCCAGCUAUGGACGAUCUUUCAAGAUGUCUGACUGGCUAUGCCGCCUUCCACAAUGUACUUUCCUCGGUGACCGGAACACACCGUUGGCGAAGCCGGGUAACUGCACCAAUGAGGCUGGCAUCCUGUCCGACUACGAGAUUUAUCAGGUCACCAAGAACAAGGUUGGUGUUAAGGCCUGGUACGACGCCGACAGCGACUCUGACCUUGUGGCUUUCGACGGCGGGGAGUGGGUGUCCCACAUGAGCAAGGAGACCAAGGCUCGCCGGAUUGAAUACUACCAGGGCCUCAACUUUGGAGGAACUUCCGACUGGUCUGUCGACCUUCAGGAUUUCUCUACGUAG